AUGGCUGACACACAUCCGGACUCCGGCCUCCGGAAGCGCCGCGCAAGCUUCGUACAAACCGCCAGGGACGUAGAGCAGAAGGUCGCCUCGGCGUUGCUUGUGCUGUGGGACGACCUGCCGUCCUGGCGGCGCGAUAACCAUUACAUCGUCUCGGGAUACCGUCCGGACAGCAACAGCUACUGGCGGUCCUUCACCUCGAUCUUCUACGUCCAUAACGAUUUCGUUAACAUCUGGACGCAUCUCCUCGGCGCCAUCUUCUUUCCCGCUGUAGGGGCUUGGUUGUAUCACGUUAUUGCGCCUCGGUACGCAUCCGCAGACAGCUCGGACGUGUUGGUGUUCGCUUGUUUCUUUACUGGCGCAGUUCUGUGUCUCGACACACUUCUGAAUCAUUCCGCGGAAGUAGCGAAGUGGGGGAACAAGUUGGAUUACUCCGGCAUCGUCUUUCUUAUCGUGGGGAGUUACGUUCCGGCCCUCUAUUACGGUCUAUUCUGCAUACCGAAACAAAUGACGAUCUAUUUGUACGGGAUAUCCCUUCUAGGCUUUGGCUGUGGUGUGGUGUCUUGGGUCGAGCAGUUCCGGACACCACGAUGGAGACCCUACCGAGCGGCCAUGUUUGUGGGCCUGGGUGUAUCUGGAGUUGUCCCUGUCUGCCAUGCGCUUCGUAUAUACGGUUAUCAGACACUCAAUGAGCGUAUGGGUCUUGACUGGGUUUUAUUCCAAGGAUUCCUAUACAUCUUUGGAGCGUUUCUUUAUGCAGUCCGAUGGCCUGAACGAAGUUUUCCACGGACCUUUGACAUAUGGGGUAGCUCUCAUCAGCUAUUUCAUGUCCUCGUCUUACUUGCGGCCGCAUCACAUUUGACCGGCAUGAUUAAAGCGUUCGAUCAUCACCACAGUAUCAUGGGGGGAGAAUGCUAGAACGUAAUUGACAAUAAAUUAGGGUUACCGUGUUCCCUUUCACGAGGCACCAUUUAUGGGAUCCAAAAAGCUAACCGCUUGAGAUAGCCCACAACGGAAUUGGUGUAAUUUUGGGGACGCAUCAUUGUCUUCCUCUCGGCGAAGUUGACUGUGCACACGGGGGUAACUAAGUAAUGUAUACUACACUACAUCUAGAAUUAAUAGUUUUCAAUAGUCGAUUGCAGCAGGCGGCGAGUAUGGUUAUUAUGUACCUAAUUAUAAUGAAGGACGGAAUCAAGUACAUACGAAGAUCUCUGUUGGUUCUGAUAGCAUGCCUGUACUAUAGACUAAGUAGGGGACUAUUGUAUUCUGCCCUACAAGCGUUCUAUAGACAAUUCCUUAGAAAGAGCAAUUAAUAGGAUCUGGCACGUGGUGAAGUCGAUGGAUAUAUGAGUAUGUGUACUCCCAACUCGUGGCUUCUUAGGUGCCUA